AUGUCGUCAUCGUCGUCCUCAUCCUUCAACGACUCCUGGAGGGAUGCGGUGUCCCGCUCCAAGUCGCGGAGAUCGUCGUCCUCCGCAGCCUCAUCAAAGUCGACCACGUCAACCGCCUCGCAGACCAAGGCUAAGAUAGCCGACACCGCUGCCGCCGCCGCCACCGCCGACGCCACGGCUGCGCCGCCGUCGUACGCGACUACGUCGGCCAAGCCCACCGUCGCCACCACGCGCCAGACCCAGCCACAAGCCAACCAGCGCUUCUCUCAGUACCUCGCCCGCUUCAACAUGAGCCCGAGUCCAGCGGUAGCGAGGGCCCCAGCGGGAGCGAAGACGACGAGGGCUUCGGGAUGGGCGGCGGCAGCAUCGAGUACCGGAAGUUUCUGCUGCGCAGGUCCACCUCAUCGGCGGGGGCCAAGGAGACCGCCGCCCGCGUGUCGACGCCGGGCAGAAGAGGCCUGGGCACCGGCAGCGAUAACGUCGAGCGCAAGAAGUUUCUGCUGCGCAGAGCGAGCUCGUCGGCUGGCGAAAACGAUACUGCCGGCGGGUCGUCGUCGCCGCCCGUCGGAGGGACGGCCGCCGGCUUGCCGAGCACCUCGGCCUCCCGUCGACCCGCCAACAAGGGCAAAGCCGGCGCGAAAGCUUACCGUGGGGGCGUUGGCGCCGGCCGCCACGCCCGCGCGAUCGCCGACGAGAGGGACGCCGGAGUCGUUCUCGGCCUCCAAGCUGUUGCGGGCGAAGGCCGCCAAGGAGAAGGAGCAGCACCAGCACCAGCACCAGGAGGAGGACGAGGAGGAGGACGAGCGGCGGAAUUUCUUCCGAGACCCGCGCUUGGAAGCGACGUUGGCGUUGAUACGGUCUGGACAGGCGUUCUGCCAGGAGCGACAUAUCGUGGUGGACUUCGUGAGGCGAGCGAAGCCGACGACCGUUGGCUUGGGCAAGGCAGAGCUGCAACCCAUGGACGAUCUCACAAGGCAUGCCCUCCUCCUGACGGAUGCGGCGCUCUACCUGCUCGAGGUGGAGAUGCUACCGCCGGUGCCGCCGAGAUCUCCGUCUCCCGGGCAGGGGCACCCGCCCUCGCAAGCCGGAUCGCCGGAGUCGACGGAACGGGGCUCGUUUCCGCGAUCGCCGAACGUGGUGGGGCCGGGGGCGAGAGGGGGGGGGGGGAUGAUAGCGGCGGUGGUAGUGGAGAAGGCGAAGGUGAAGAGCAUAAAGCUCAUGGACCGGCUGCAGCCCUCGGAGCUGCUGAAGGUCUCACUACCGUUCCGGGAGGUCACCCUGAGGAACGGCGACGUGGUGGCGAAGCGGGGGUGCGGCAUCGUGCUCCACACGAGCGUGGAAGGGCGGGAGGGGAACCUGUGGCUCAAGUGCCGGUCGAAUCAGGACCGGGGGGCCCUCGUCGAAGCCCUGGUUCCCUGGUUCGAGACCAACUCGCCCACGAGAAAAGAGCUGAACGUGCAGCAGGUGCCGGAAAGUCCAAUGGCGCGGCAACUGGCCCGACUCAACGCCGCGGGAGGGAGCGAUGUGAUGCGGCGAAAGGAUACAGAUUGUUUAAUAUCGUGAGAAACAACAUUGUCAUCUCGUCUGAAAGCGAGAGCGCCAGCGGGGGGGCGGAGCGGAGCGGGGCUGGGGCGGGGCCUAACCAUUCUCCAGGGGGUGAAGCGCGGCGGUCACAUGAUGAAGCGUGAAUAGUAGCGUGGACGAUCCUCUGGGAAUUUUGGCGGAAUUUUCGCGGUGAGAGGGCACCCGCUCGCGGCCACAGGCGAGGGAGAUCACGCGGUGGUUUCACACAAGGCAGGUCCCGAUUCCCUUCGUCUAAUUGCCCCAAGGCGUUCUGUCUCACCGCUGCCAGCCACCUCAGUUUUUAUUCAUUUUAUUUUUGGUGUUUUGUCGCGUUGUAUAGAUGAUCUAGACGUGGCAUGGAUGGCGGCGCGAUUGUAUAGUUAUCGCGACGGGGGUUGAAUUGGGUUCUCGUGCUCACCGCUUGGAUUUUACAACACAAGGAGGCCGAACCGAGGGAGUCGUCUCCAGUUGUUGUGUGUGUGUUUUUUUUGUUCGUCGAACACGCGUACGGUAGGCCGUGAGCGUUUCGCGACAACGACGCGAAUGUUCUUCCUGGAUUGGUGUGGUUGCCCUCGGACGCCCCCCCCCCUCGCGAGAGGUGUCUAGGCCUGCGGAACCCCCUAGCUGUCUUGCAGUAGUUAAGGAUAAGACACGCAUCUGCCAUGUGUUUUUUAACGUUGUGUUUUGGUAUCUACGAAUUAGCGCUUGAUUUCUUGCGAGCAGCAUCGUGUGUUUUCUUUGUAUUUGGUCGAUUACGCCCUGCCGGACCCUCUGGGCAUGGCGCCCGUAUGUACCACUAUUGUGUUGUCGCAUCCGUUAUUUCUUAUUGCUGCUGUGCUGCGAUCGGGAAGGAGCACUCCUAGCUAGUAUAUUGAACCCGUUUUCUGAACUGCUGUGAAGCAUGUAUCAUUUAUUCAUUUUUUUUGCUUGUCAUAAAAAAUAAAUACCGGUAGAGAACAUGCGCCGCGGGGGGCAGUAUCCGGCUCGUUGCCGAGCAUAGUGCACCGAAAAUGCGGGGUCCGUGGGGAGCAUGGUACGUGUUGUGGUAGCAUCACGCACACGGCACACCCAGACGUGUAGGCCUGGUCGCGGGCACAAUCGGGCUUGGGGGUAGCCCCCUUGUGGGAACUGCUUCGCUGCGCGGUGUCGGUUAUUGUAGGGCACAAACUCUCGGCCUUACCGCUGUAUUUCGCGUUGUGCGGUCUGUCGGCGUCGUGCGGGGGUCGAGUAAAUGCUUCGCCGCUGACCCAGCGCAAGGGGUGGGGGUACCCAGGGCUUGGCGUUUGCUUGUUUGAUUUCGGUCCCUCCGGUUGUUUUUCCUUCCCUCCAGUUUUUUUUUUUUUGUCAAUAUACCGUGUUUUCUGGGGGUUUGCUUCUCAAACCCAUUGAUUGGUGAUUGGUGCUCUGGUGGGUGCGUUGCGAGCACGCAUGUCAUGUCGUCCGGGCUUUCCGUUGCAUGGCGCGUCUGGCGUUAACUAACGCCCCCCUUUUGUGCUUUUCGUUCCACGUCGCCACCUGGAUCUCCUUCAGGUUUUUUUCGUGUUUUGGCCUUUUUUUUCGCAAAGAAGCGUUUGUUCGAAACCGGUUGUGUUGUCGAAUCGGAUGGAUGCAUGUCGCCUUUUUUUUUUUUUUUUCGAAACGAGUUGCCGUCCCAACCCCCCACCACCCUGACCGAUUGCUCUGUGCUCUUAUUAGUACGUCAGUAUGACGGCCUCGAAGCUUUGGUGCUCGAAACGCCACCCACGUCUUGAAGAGUAAGAGCAUCACGCGGAAGACAAAACAAUAGUGUAAGACAACCGAUCGUUCUCCCCUUCCUUUGUUCAGUCCCCAGAGAUUUGUUGGCGGCCGUGCGCCCGGGGAAGAAGAAAACGGCUGUUUUGUCGUGGUGGUCUGUCGCGUGCGGGAGGAACGACCGUGCCGUUCCACUGCGACCCCGAACCGGUCAGGGUUAAAGGGUUGCCUGUUUUCCCAACCGUUCGUUUCUGUCCUUUUUUGCUCGCGAGAGGGUGCGCGCGACCGAACGCCCUGCCUUCGGCGACGCUUUGCCGAGCAAUGCUUUGUUGGACACAGCACGGGCGGAGGUUUGGGGGCUCAGUUUUAGUGUCUGUCUCCCCCACUGCCCCCCAGAGGGUCAGAUCCAUCACCACUACUGCUGUAGUGUUUGCGGCAUUGUGUGUUUUGUUUGUGGUUGGCGUUUGUGGGUUCUUCGUGGUACCAAAGUGUCCCCUUCCCUCGUACCCUCUCUUUGUACGGUACCAUUUUACGGAGUUCUGUUUUUUUUUUUUUGUGAUGCGGUGGUAGCGUAGUAGCAGGUGGCCCCAAAUCGUCUGGUUUGGUGUAUUGGAUGAUGCGUGUCGUACGUAAAAGGCUUGGUGUAAACGGCGGGGUACCCUGUAGGUGUGUGUUCAUGGGAGACAGCUGUGGGUGGAGCUGGUUUUCCCGCUCUUUGGCCUGCAGCUGAAAAACGAACAAUCACGUCAAAAUAGAAGAGACACAA